AUGUCCAGCUCGACAUUGGCGAGGUACAUCAAUGAAGUCCCCAAUACCGUAGACAAAAAAGUCAGGUCAAGUUCACGUAGCGAAGCCCUCAAUAAUGCUGACUGUUCUGACGAGGACGAAAAGUCUGGAGCGGCAGAACAAACAGUUGUGUCCGAAAAAGAUGACGGGUUAUACGCUAGGGAUGAGUAUCUAGACCCGCCACCAGAUGGCGGCUACGGGUGGGUAUGCUGUGGGUGUGUUGCGUUGAUGAACUUCGCUACUUGGGGGCCCAAUACGUGUUAUGGGAUCUUCCUGUCAUACUUCCUGUCCUCGAACUAUUUCCCUGAAGCUACGCCUACAGACUUCGCCGUUAUUGGUGGAAUUGUCAUUGGGCUAACCUUAAUACUCUUACCAUUUGUUGCCGCUUGCAUGAGCAUAUUUGGUUACAAGCGGACUUUGGCCUUUGCUAUUGUACUAGAAGCUGUUGCAUUUAUAUCAAGCUCUUUUGCCAAAACCGUUGGUGUCCUCUAUGUCACUUACGGUGUAUUACUGGGUAUUUCUUUUGGAAUAAUAUUUGGUUCCAACACAAUUGUAAUUCCAAGUUGGUUUUUAAAAAAAAGGGCACUUGCUAAUGGUAUGGGCCAUGUUGGAGUUGGGCUUGGUGGGCUGGUUUUUUCUUUUGCGGUCCAUGCAAUGAUUGAUCGUACCGGUGAUCAUCGAUGGGCAAUGCGCAUGUUGGCGGCUACCACUUUUUCAAUCAAUAUUUUAUCACUUUGCUUUGUUAAGGUACGCCAGCUUAAGAGCUCGAACGAAAAAGAAAACUCAUUUGAAGUACUCAAGAAAUCUUUUGACCACUCGGUACUUAAAAUAACCCCGUUACAUUAUUCAGCUCUCUGGUCCUCCUUUUGCACAGUAGGCUACGUUAUUUUGAUGUUUUCCAUUUCGAACUAUGCUACAUCCAUAGGUUUGCCUGUAAAAGAAGCUACUGUGGCACUGGCGAUCUUCAAUGGCUCACAAGCGCUUGGGAGGCCUUUUAUGGGAUGGCUAUCAGAAGUAGCUGGCAGAUGUAAUGCAAGCAUUUUGCUGACUGGAUAUACUUUGAUCCUCUUGCUCCCUUUCUGGUUGAACAUAACCAAAUUCCAAGAGCUGGUGCCAUUUUGUAUCUUGCUUGGCUUCGGUGCUGGUGUGGGUGCGGUUAACGUCGUGCCACUGGUCGCAGACGUUGUUGGCAUACAGAGGUUCGCAGCAGGAAUGGGUUAUGUCUUUUUUGGAAAUGGUGGGGUAACUUUGUUUGCUGAAGUUGUGGCAUUGCGCCUUAGAAACCUUGAAUCUCAGAAACCAUAUCUGCGAUGCCAAAUUUUUGUCAUCUGCAUGUAUUUUGGCGGACUAUUAUCUCUGUUACCUUAUCGCGAAUGGAAGGUUAGACGGGUCCUCAACGCCAGGAUUAACAACGAACUUCUCGAGGAUAGCUCGAAGGAAACAUAUGAACUGCUGCUUCAAAAUACGUGGCUGAAUUACUUCAAACGGAUGUUUCUUCCAAUGGAAAUUUAA